GCUAUUCACUGUGUCUCAAAUACAGUUUAUGAGAUCGAGAAGUGAAUCGCAGCUCGUCUUUUUGAAGUGCAACAGAAAUGGAUGGAGGAAAGCGCCACAGAAGCAACUGCACUAAGCAGGAUCAAACGGCUCAAGCAACGAUGUUGAAAAACGGGAAAUAUAACCGCGAGAGCAGCCCAGAGAGAGUGACUUUAAAAAAAGAAAUCGGACUUGUUAGCGCUUGUGCUAUCAUUAUAGGUAAUAUUAUCGGUUCUGGAAUUUUCAUCUCCCCCAAGGGAGUGUUGGAGCACUCUGGCUCGGUGGGCCUGGCUCUGGUUAUCUGGGUGCUGGGAGGAGGCAUCACAGUUCUCGGAUCACUGUGCUAUGCAGAGCUCGGAGUAACUAUUCCUAAAUCAGGCGGGGACUACUCCUAUGUGACUGAAAUAUUUGGCGGCUUAGUUGGGUUUCUGCUGUUAUGGAGUGCUGUUCUGAUAAUGUACCCCACCAGUCUUGCUGUGAUAUCGCUGACAUUCUCCAGCUACGUCCUACAACCAGUGUUCCCAGACUGUAUUGCUCCAUACAACGCCUCUCGAAUCCUUUCAACAGUGUGUGUCUUGUUUUUGACCUGGGUGAAUUGCUCAAGUGUCCGGUGGGCAACCAGGAUUCAGGAUGUGUUCACAGCAGGAAAACUCCUGGCUCUCGGCCUUAUCAUCACUGUGGGACUGGUGCAAAUCUGCAAAGGGAACUACAAAUGGCUUGAACCUCAGGCUGCUUUUGAUUUCUGGAAGACCCCCUCUGUGGGGGAGAUAGCGCUGGCUUUCCUUCAGGGCUCCUUUGCGUUCAGCGGCUGGAACUUCUUGAAUUACGUGACGGAGGAACUCGUGGAUCCACGUCGGAAUCUGCCUCGUGCCAUAUUCAUAUCCAUCCCAUUGGUGACCUUUGUGUACACAUUCACCAAUAUUGCCUAUUUCACUGCCAUGUCACCUGAAGAGCUGCUGUCAUCAAACGCUGUCGCUGUCACCUUUGGUCAGAAACUCCUGGGAGCGAUGUCCUGGAUAAUGCCGAUCUCAGUGGCCCUGUCCACUUUCGGAGGGAUUAACGGAUAUCUUUUCACCUCUUCCAGAUUGUGUUUCUCUGGAGCCCGCGAGGGUCACAUGCCCAGCUUGCUCGCAAUGAUCCACUUCAAAAACUGCACUCCUAUUCCUGCGCUCCUGGUUUGUUGUACUGCUACCAUUGUCAUCAUGUUUAUCGGAGAGACGUACACACUGAUCAAUUACCUGUCCUUUAUUAACUACCUCUGCUAUGGAGUGACUAUCACAGGGCUGCUUGUUCUGCGCUGGAGGAAGCCCAAUCUUUUCAGGCCUAUCAAGGUGAAUCUUCUCAUUCCGGUAACCUACCUUAUAUUCUGGGCCUUCCUGCUGAUCUUCAGCCUGUACUCGGAGCCCGUUGUCUGCGGCAUCGGCCUGGUCAUAAUAUUAACUGGAGUGCCUGUCUACUUCCUGGGAGUGUACUGGAAAAACAAACCAAAGUGUUUAGACAAUUUUAUAGAAUCUAUUACCUAUUCGGGACAGAAACUGUGUUACGUCGUCUAUCCUCAACAUGUGGAAGCAGAAGAAGAGACGCCGCUGGACUGCUCACAAAAAUCAGAAGCAUGAACUUUCUCUUUCAGGACACCCUUGAAAAACAAAUGACCUUGUUUACAGUGACAAAUGUAGAAUGUUUAAAAACUAUCCUUGUUUUCAUAUGCAACAACAAAUGUACUUCUUCCACUUAUUAUAGAACCGGUUCUGCAAAACAAGCCCGCAAAACCAAGGAGAUUCCCCCCCCCCUCCCUCCUCCUUCUUUAGUGCCGUGCCAUUCCUUCUCAAGGUCUCAGGUUCUAGGAUGUUUAAAACAUUUUGUAUUACUUUUUCAGCCUUUUUUUGUUCCCCGAGGUCAAUUGCAUCAUCAACGUGAUUCUGGUUUAAAAGGAUAUGCAGCCUGUCUAGUGGCAAAGGGCCUCAAUGAUUGGCUCCUAACUGUGUCCACCAGUAGGGGGCUUUAGCUGGUUGGUUACUAAACAGUAAAUGUGAUGAAGCACUAUAGGGUUAUAGAUCGACGAGCAUCUAUGGAUGAGGGAAUAUCAGUGCUAGAAGCCAGAAAGCUUUUAAAACCUUUUUGUGUGUGUGUGUGUGUUUUGACGAGUGUUGAUAUAACCUAUAUGUUUGCAGUCCUAUAACUUUCAUACAGAUUUAUUGUUAAGUUUAACAAUCCAGCUACUAUACGGUUAAAAAUCAAUAAGGUAUGGUUCAUGUCAAGAAUGGGUUUUCUUUGUGAUCUGUCAUGGCGUACAACAGAAACGUGCGCUCUGAUUUGCUGAAAUCUUCUCUUUACACAUAGGUGCUCAGCAGGGGCUGUUGGUGAGCUACUGGCCUCUGGAGGACAAAGGCCAAAAUGCAGUUGUUUGCUCAAGCUCACCAGGCACCUGGCCAGUAGGGCCGCUGUAGCAUGGUGAGGUGACUUGGUCCCAGCUGAGUUUUCAUCCUCAACCCAGGGGAGCGCCAGAGCUCCAUGUGGGAUCACCAGCGAAUAACAACAACUUGGCACAGCCAGGACUGAAACCUGUGCUCCCUAAUCUGCUUGAUUCCCCCUGCGCACCUCUCAGCUGUGCCUUUACCAGUUGAGCAUCUCUGGGAUCCUACAUCCUUUUUCUGUUUAAACCCCAGAAAGCGAGACCUACAUAAGUGAUGGCAGUGCACUGAAGGAAAAAUAAUGGAAUUAUUUUAGCUUUGGGAACUUUAAAUAGCUUGAUCAUUUUUAAGAACUGUGUUGUUUUGUUUUUAGGAGAUAUAGGCUUAUGCCAGUGGGGUUACAUUGCGAACUGGUUUUUCAGGAAUGUAUGUGAGGUUUUGAUAUUGUUUUUAUUGAAAAUAGUGGCAUGCAGAUUUUUUUUAAUGAACGUCAGUUGGUUAUUAUUGUAUUGUAUGUUGUAUUGUGCCUUAAAAGAAAAAAAGUUGUAUACAUCUAUGCAUCUUAUCCAUGUUGCCGCUAUACAAUACUAGCAUAAGCUGCCUUUCCCCAUACAACAAGCCUAAUGCAAUCAAUCCCUGUGUGUUGCAAACAAUUCAGCAUUUCAAGUGGUUGUUACAUUGGUUAUCCCUUUCCAUCUCAAUAUCUUAUUUGAGAUGUAUGUGGAUAAAUGAUUCCACUGUCGUUACCAGCGUCACUAGAGGAAAUCUAUAAACCUACAGAUGAACUAAAUCACUUUCAUACAGCACAGUUCAAAGUGGUCGCAGUUAUUAAAAUACUUUCACAAAU